CUAACUCAGGUCAGGUGUGCUGAGGUCCCGUGGCAAGGGACACUGCCUUUCUGAGCCCUGUCAGCCACUCUGCUCAGCAUAAAUGCUUUAAAGUGUCAGUAAUUGAUGUGUAGAGAGAAGUAUGACUGCAUUACAGCUUAAAGAGCUUUCACAGUCAGGUCUCUACAGAAGACGACGAGACCGUCCCGAGAGUUUGAAGCUAAAUGGGUUCCCGGAGGAAGAGCUAAGCAACAUGGCCAAUGCCCUGGCCAACGCCACUUGUGAGCGCUGCAAGGGCGGUUUUGCGCCCGCUGAGAAGAUCGUGAACAGUAAUGGUGAGCUGUACCAUGAGCAGUGCUUUGUGUGUGCUCAGUGCUUCCAGCAGUUCCCGGAGGGACUGUUCUAUGAGUUCGAGGGAAGGAAGUACUGUGAGCAUGACUUUCAGAUGCUUUUUGCUCCUUGCUGUCAUCAGUGUGGGGAGUUCAUCAUUGGCAGAGUUAUCAAAGCCAUGAAUAACAGCUGGCAUCCUGAGUGCUUCCGCUGUGACCUGUGCCAGGAAGUUCUAGCAGAUAUUGGGUUUGUCAAGAAUGCUGGGAGACAUCUGUGUCGCCCCUGUCAUAAUCGUGAGAAAGCCAGAGGCCUUGGAAAAUACAUCUGCCAGAAAUGCCAUGCCAUCAUCGAUGAGCAGCCUCUGAUAUUCAAGAAUGACCCUUACCACCCAGAUCACUUCAACUGUGCCAACUGCGGGAAGGAGCUGACCGCUGAUGCCCGGGAGCUGAAAGGAGAACUGUACUGCUUGCCGUGCCAUGAUAAAAUGGGGGUUCCCAUCUGUGGCGCUUGUCGACGGCCCAUUGAAGGGCGUGUCGUGAAUGCCAUGGGCAAGCAGUGGCAUGUGGAGCAUUUUGUUUGUGCCAAGUGUGAAAAACCAUUUCUUGGACAUCGCCAUUAUGAAAGGAAGGGCCUGGCAUAUUGUGAAACCCAUUAUAACCAGCUUUUUGGUGAUGUUUGUUUCCACUGCAACCGUGUUAUAGAAGGUGAUGUGGUCUCUGCUCUUAAUAAGGCCUGGUGUGUGAACUGUUUUGCCUGUUCUACCUGCAACACUAAAUUAACACUCAAGAAUAAAUUUGUGGAGUUUGACAUGAAGCCAGUCUGUAAGAAGUGCUAUGAGAAAUUUCCAUUGGAGCUGAAGAAAAGACUUAAGAAACUAGCUGAGACCUUAGGAAGGAAAUAACUUCGUUUAUUUUAUUUUUUCUCUUCUAUGCAAAGAUAAGAGAUUACCAACAUUACUUGACUUGAUCCACCCUAUUUAAAGCUAUAUCUCAAAAUAGUUGAGAGGGCAGAGGACCUAUAUGAAUGGUUUUCUUCAUCUCCUUUUUGUCAUUAAAAAAGAAUAAAAGUUUGUGUAAUCAUAUUUAAAAUACACAUGAAAUCAAGAUUUGCCUUUGUUAAUAACCCUUAUCAAUUUGUUGAAAUGUAGACUAUACUUAACAGCAAAAAACACACGUUAAAUGUUAAAUUUUAAUUAAGGUCCAAAAAAUUAAAUAUAAAUUUUUAAAAUGA